AUGCAACGCUAUCCAUGUUCUCGGCGACCUGGAGCUCGCUUCCAAGUACUGGCGUCACGUCGAGGCGAAUGCAGCCCGCUUUGCCUGCACUGGCGACCUGCCGCGUCGUAUCCGCAACUUUCGCGAUGCCCAAAAGCAUCUCGAUUGCGAAAAGGUCAUCUUGCGCCACGUAAAAUCUGGGCCUGCUACCCUCGAGCUCGUCUUAGCCUGCCCCAUGGGGUAUUCGUUGCAACACUUGAAGGCACACCAAACAUCCUUCGUAGUACUUCUGUCUUGUCUUUGCAUCAAACAGUCACCGAUUGCAUGGAUGAAUUCUCCUCCGCCUGA